AUGGCUACAAGGGCAGCCAACAAACGCCUCGUGCGCGAAUUUCAAAAUAUCCAGAAAAACCCACCACCAUAUAUAAUUGCACAUCCUUCCGAAUCAAAUAUCUUAGAAUGGCACUACAUCCUCACGGGUCCCCCCAAAACCCCCUAUGAAAACGGCCAGUACUGGGGCACCCUCCUCUUCCCACCGGAAUACCCCUUCGCACCCCCCGCCAUCCGCAUGCACACUCCAUCCGGCCGCUUCCAACCCUCCACGCGCCUCUGCCUAAGCAUUAGUGACUUCCACCCCAAAUCCUUCAACCCGGCCUGGGAGGUCUCAACCAUCCUCAUCGGCCUCAUGUCCUUCAUGACCAGCGAGGAGAUGACGACAGGCAGCGUCAGCGCAUCUGAAUCCGAGCGCAAGAUCCUAGCAGCACGGUCGAGGUGGUGGAACUCGACCGGUGGCGGGUCCCACUCUAAGGCUGUGGCGGGCGUGUCGCCGUCCACGAGGGGGAUUGGGAGUGUCAAAGCAGGCGAUGGCGGGUUGAAGUUUCGUACCGAGUGGCCGGAGUUGGAUGCGGAGAAUUGGAAGUGGAUGGCGGACAAUAGGGUGGAUCCGGCUACGGGGCAGGUUAUGCCUGAUCCUAGCGGUGGUGGGGUUGGGAGUGGGAAUGGUGGCUCGUCCGCGACAUGCACGCCGGAGGCUAGUGCGCUUCGCAGACGGGGUGCAGGGAGUGCAGCGGGGCUUGGAGCUGUGGUGGAAGGGGGCCAGGCUGCAAGGGAGGUCGGACAGAGUUGGAUUAAACGGCAUAAGAUCUGGGUGGGUCUUUUGCUGGUGCUGGGGUAUGCGUUGUUGAUUAGGUUGUUUGACGAUGGGCGUGGGUAG